AUGGCCGAGAUCUCCACCGUUCCUUUCGCGGAGCCGCCGUAUCUGCGCGGUCUGCCGUCACCUUACUACACUGAGGGCCACCGCCUCUUCCAGAAGGCGUGUCGUGUGUUUAUGUACGAGCAUUUGCUCAAGAACGCGAUGGAAUGGGAGAAGGAAGGUACAGUUCCGGAAUAUGUCUUCAAGAAUUUCUGCAAGCACAACAUGCUACUCCCAAAUUUGCCAGCUCCAUUGCCUGUCGCGUGGUUGAAGCGCCUGGGGAUCCACGACAUUUUGGGUGUUAAAGUUGAGGAGUGGGAUUAUUUUUACUCGGCAAUUUAUGCUGAUGAGCUCCCUCGUUCCGGUCUCAUGGGUCCCGGAGGCUCCCUUAACGCUGGUUUCGGCUUCGGUAUUCCCCCCAUCAUCAAGCAUGGCAGUCCCGAGCUACAGGAGAAAUACCUCCCAGAUCUCCUCACAGGUCGCGCACGAUGCUGUAUUGCAAUCACCGAGCCCGAUGCCGGCAGCGACGUGGCUAAUAUUUCCACCACUGCGACCAAGUCUGAGUGUGGAAAAUACUACAUCGUCAAUGGACACAAGAAAUGGAUUACCAACGGUAUCUGGUCGGAACUUUCGACCAUGGCUGUCCGCACCGGUGGUCCCGGAGCCCCUGGUCUGUCGCUUCUCGUGGUUCCUCUUAAAGGCUACCCUGGCGUCACAAUGCAGCGUUUGAAGGUUUCUGGCCAAAUUACAGGAGGAACAACAUUUAUUGAACUCGAUGACGUAAAAGUGCCGGUCGGAAACCUGAUUGGGCGGGAAGGCGAGGGCAUGAAAAUGGUGAUGAACAACUUCAACCACGAGCGAUUGACCAUCUCUGUCGGCGUCACGCGCCAGGCGCGUGUGGCUCUCUCAACUGCCUUCGCAUACUGCCUGAAGCGAGAGGCGUUCGACAAGACGCUCAUGGACCAGCCGGUCGUCCGUCACCGUUUGGCUAAGGCCGGUGCGGAGCUAGAGACAAUGUGGGCGUUCCUCGAGCAGCUGCUCUACCAGCUGUGUAAUAUGCCCAAGGAAGAGUCUGAUCACCAGCUUGGUGGUAUAACGGCGCUGGCAAAGGCCAAGUCAGCUAUGGUGCUGAAUGAAUGUGCGCAAUGUGCUGUGCUUCUCUUUGGUGGUGCUGGUGUCACAAAGCAGGGACAGGGUGAACUCGUCGAAGCUAUUCUUCGGGAUGUACCCGGUGCUCGAAUUCCUGGUGGUUCGGAAGAUGUGCUCCUGGACUUGUCGGUGAGACAGCUGGUCAAGCUGUACAAUUUACAGGACAAACAGUUAGGCAAGUCACGAAUCUAG